GUAGGACUCUGUCUGUUGGAAAACUUCAUCCCCAGGAAAUCGCUCUAGUGGUGAGUGUUUAUGUAUCCAGGUAGCUACCAAGCUACAUGAAUUUGGAAGUCAUCGACAUAUAUUUGCCCUUUCUGCACCAGGCUAAGGGAUGAGCCAUUCCCCUGGGAUUGGUGCACAUGUGCAGGGAGCAGCCAAUGGAGUGGCCACACUGGAGUCUCCAAAACUCUGUGGUGAAGAGGUGUCUCUGGUCAAUGACUUACCCACUCUGCAGCCUCUGAAACAUGGAGAGAUAGUCCCUUGCAGGGGGCCCAAACUCGCUGUGGGGUCCCCUGUGGAGGAGGUGAACUGUGAGGGGCAGCCGGAGGAAGAGAGAGACACAGACACUUCCCACACCUGCACCUCUGACAUGCCCUGUUUGGACACUCCCCAAUCAGAUGCAUAUUCAGAGGAGCCCCACAUAAAGGAACCCCACAUAGAAGAGCACCACUCAGAAUUAAUUUGCACAGACGUGCCCCAAACCACUGCAGAUGGGGUCCUUGGCAGCUCUUUGCCAGAUGGUGCACUAAGAGUAGAGGAGGUGGAGGAGGAGGAGGAGGAGGUGGUGGUGGAGGAAGAAGAAGACGAAGAGGUUCAACAGCAACAACAACGGGAAGUAGAAGAGCAGAAUGAGGGGCAGGAUGACACUGAAGAUUCUCCUGAGCUUUCUGCAGAUUCCCCUACAGUCUCUGAGCCCCCCACCGAGAGCCAGGUGCAUCCGAAGGACCCCCUUCCCAGUGAGGAGCAGGAGGCCUGUCGCAGCCCCCCCCGCUGCCAGGAGCCCCCCUGCCCCCCCCAUGUGAUGGCGCAGGUGCACGUGCGAAACGCGCCAGAGCGGGAGCGCAUCGUGCGCGGCAUGCAGGACAGUAAGAGUCUGGAUGAGAUCAGCCAGGUGUGCGGGGGAAUGCGGGGGCGGGGAGGGCAAGCCGAGGGCCGCAGGGCCACCAUCUCCAGCGCCCUGGAACUGGAGGGGACAGUCAGCCGCGAUGGAGAGCUCACUCACUUCAUUACCAAGAACCUGGAGCACAAGAUCAGAAUGAGCUCUAGACCGAGCCUGGACUCUGACUCUGACUACUCGGUGCGGAGUCGGGGCUCCCUCCGGCGGCCUGUGGACAUCCCCCCGAUAGACCCCAGCGUCCUGCUGGACCUGCAGCGACACACGCAGGACGUGGCCCAGAGCGUGGAGCUGAUGAUGCGCAGCCUUAAUGGAACCAUCCAGAAUAUGACAGCCCUGAGUGUCGGAUACAUUCAGACCUACAGGGACUCGGUGGACAGUCUGGGGGAGGCUGUGGACAUGAGCAUAAAGGGAAUGUACACACUGAUGGCUCGCUGUGAGGAGCUGGAUCGCUCUAUGCAGCCCAUCCAUGCCCUGGCCCAGCAGAUCCGUGACAUCAAGCGCACACUGGAUGCCCUAGAGACGCUUUGCAAGUAGCCCCUUUCCCUGCGACCGCGCUCUCCUGACUUCCCCCCACGCCCGAGAGCAACCAUUUCCUGCCUCUACACUCCUGCCGUCCACCACCCCCCUCCAGCUCAGAUUGCGCCAUUGUAACCCGCGAGGAGGGGGGGCCUCUGUCUGUCUGUCUCUGUCUGUCAGUCUGUGCGUGCAUGUGCACGCAGGCGCGUGUUUGUGCGAAUGUGUGUGCCACAGGAAGUCUCCGUGUUGGGGAGGUCCUGGGCGCACAGGUAGAGAGCAGGUCUCAGUGAUGUGCAGCGCUUCGCUCCCUUUGGCAGGCUGUUAGAGGAGGGGAGCAGCACAGCUGCAUGUCCCGCCUGGAGGUGUGUCCCCCCGAAUGCGCCACUCAGAUGUCUGCCCCUCCCCCCUGGAAUGCGUUAUCAUGCUGGGUAGCAGACACUGACACAUGUGCCAAUAUGAUCUCAGGUGUGUUGCUGUGGUGACGGAUGCAAGGUUGUGUCCCUCUUUAACCUGUGUGUUGCCAUGGUGAUGGAUUCCGGGGUUUCUCCCCCAUGUUGUCUGCAUGUGUUACCACUGUGGCACGCUUAGGGUGUUUUCCUCUGUACUGUGUGUGUGUUUAGUGUGCCAUCUGCUCGAAUGGACCGCACUAGCGUCCGUGCUAGGGAUUAGGAGGUAAGGGUCCUCUCAGCUGGGGCUCUGCAUAGGAGAUAAGAAAUCAGCUGAUCGCGGAGGUACAGGAUCAGCAGGGGCGAAGGGGGAGGGGCUGCCUGUAUGGCCUCAGGUUCUUGACUGCACUCACUGUCCCUGUACAAUCAAUGCUAUUUCUGUAAAUAUGGUCUCUUUCUUUCCUUAACAUUUUAUUUAGUUUGUCCUUAUUGUAUAUUUUAAAAUAACACAAUAAAUUUACAAAAACUGGAAA